AUGAGCGAGGAAGUUGAGGAGAAUGGUCAGACAGACGCGAAAACUGUGCAAACGCUGCAAACUCCCCGGCCGUCGUCGCCGCGGAAAUUCUUUGCUCGUAUUUACGGUCAUUUAGAGGAGCCCAAGAGGGCGAGUGUCGUGGAAAAUGUUUCGGGGUUCGAGAGCGAGUCGUCCUCGGACGUGGAGAUCGGAGAGAGCGAAGGUUCGCUGGAGGUGCAGCCGAGGGAACAGCCGCUGUGGCCGCCACCGCCGCCGCUGCCUCUGUGUCCUCGCCCGAUGUUGCUGCCGCACCAACAAUUAGCUUUCGGAGCUGGUCUGGCUGCUUUUCUGGCACGCAGACGCCGCAAGGAGAGCCGGCCGCGUCGACAGCGCACCACCUUCUCUGCGCAUCAAACUCUUCGGCUUGAGCUGGAGUACGCUAGGGGAGAAUAUGUCGCUAGGGCUAGAAGAUGUGAACUAGCAUCUGCCCUAUCGCUUAGUGAAACUCAAGUCAAGAUAUGGUUCCAAAAUAGAAGAGCUAAAGACAAACGGAUUGAAAAAGCGCAACUGGAUCAACAAUACAGACACUUAGCGGCUGCAUCAGGCUUGUUUCCGACUGUGCUGUCUCCUGCAUAUUGCGCACAGCCCCCGUGUCCCUGUCUACCAGUUCAUCCGCCAACAAUAAACGACAAAUAGGAAAUAUCUAUAUUUAAUGUUAUGAUACUUUAAAUAGGGCCUAAAAGAAAUUAGUUUUCUGAAAAAGCUGAGCAAACUGAUUUACCCAACUGUUACAGCAAGCCAUUUAGUAUGUUAAUGAACUUCGUCACUGGUGCGAAACGUACCUAGUUGAAACUGUUCAUUGCACUAAACGUUUUCAAACAAUGGCCAAACGAGGGUGGGAUGAAUGGCCGAUACACUUAUUUUGAGACGAUUAUAAAAAAACAGUUACCAGUGUAACUGUACCUAAGUUUAAUCUGGCCGCAGCCCAAUAGAUUUAAUAAACAUUUUAUGUGAACGACCUACUUAGAGGUCAUUAUAUUGUUGUUUUAGUGCGUUCGCGUCUGAUAGCAACAGCAAUCGUACCAAAAACGUUUAUUUUCCGCGUUCAAUAGGUAGGCAAGCCUGAAAAGUAAUAAGCAUUACGUAUCUAAAUUGUGUUUUUGUAAAACUCAUAAAAAUACUCAAGUCAGGAGUAGCUAUUUUUUUAACUUUUCAGAUUUAUUUUACCGUUAGUUAUGAAAGACCUGUAAUGUAAUUUAUUAAAUUAAAAGUAAGUACAUAUAUUAAGUCUC